AUGCCACUCUUUCGCGGAAAAUCACUACGUCUCGCGCAGGCGUUACUCACUGUUGCACCGGCAUUUAUAUCCUACGGAUACAAUCAGGCUGGGGUAGCACCUCUUGCCAGUUUGCAGUCAUGGGUGAUCACUUUUCCAGACAUCGACACACUUCAUACCGAGGGGGCCGUCAAAGAGCGAAACUCGACACGGAAGGGUGCAGUCAUCGCGGCCCUUCAGCUGGGAGCCCUCGUCGGGGCACUAUCAUGCGCUUACAUCGGUGAUCGUCUCGGCCGGCGUAAGACCAUUUUCGUGGCCGGCAUUAUCACCAUCAUCGGGCAGCUUCUACAGACGUCGUCAUACAACACGAUCCAGUUUUCCAUCGGCCGAGUCAUACUUGGUAUCGGCAUUGGGCAACUCAGCGCUACCGUUCCGGUGUGGCAGGCUGAAUGUAGCUCUGCAAAGCAUCGUGGUCAACACGUCGUGGUCGACGGGAUCUGCAUGGUCUUGGGAUUUGUACUCACCAAUUGGAUCGAUUACGGCUUGAGCAAAACGACCGGUCAAACGCAGUGGCGUGUUCCGCUAGCAUUGGGGUUUAUCUUCCCUCUGAUUCUGCUGGCAUCUGUCUUUUUGCUCCCUGAGUCACCUCGCUGGCUGAUACUCGUGUCGAGAAAACACGACGCAGUGCGAAGUCUAGCAGCAUACAGAGGCCUCCCGGAUGACGAUGAAGCAGUGCAGACAGAGAUUGCCAGUAUAGCGUCAUCGCUAGAGACCACCAGACAGGCACAGAAGAGUCUUUCAUUUCGGAAACUCGUUUUCGGCGAUGACGAAGGACGUCUACUUUAUCGAUUCGCUCUGUGCCUGGUCAUCCAAUUCUUCCAGCAGAUGUGUGGCGGUAACCUGAUUUCCACCUACGUGUCAACCAUCUUCGAAGAGAACCUCCACCUCGGCGCAGAGAAGUCUCGGAUCCUAGGCGCUAGCGCGCUGACAUGGAAAUUCGUCUGUAACUUUAUCCCCUUCUUCGCGAUCGACCGUCUAGGUCGACGUAAGGUGUUCAUCUUCAGCGGCGCAGGCAUGUGUCUCUGCAUGACCGUACUAGCUAUCACGACGAGUUUCAGCAACCCCAGCAAAAGCCUAUCGAUCACCUCCGCGGCCUUCAUCUGGCUCUUCAACAUGUUCUACCCGAUUGGCUUCUCCGGUGCAAAUUUCCUCUACUGCACGGAGGUCGCUCCUAUGCAUUUGCGCGUCGCGAUGUCGUCCGCAUCAACAGCGAACAAAUGGCUUUGGAACUUUAUCGUGGUGAUGAUCACCCCCGUGGCACUUGAUACUAUUGGAUGGCGAUACUAUAUCGUCUACGCUGUCAUUUCGGCGUGUAUCCCAGUUACUGUGUAUCUGUUCUAUCCAGAAACGAUGGGACGCAACCUGGAGGCCUUGGAUCAGGUCUUCCGCGAUGCGUCUUCCCCGUGGCAUAUUGUUGGGAUGGCGAGAAAGCUUCCGCAGGGAGAUGUGACAGAUUUAGACCAGCAAGCGGCAGAGCAGAAGGUGGUUGUCGAGCAGAAGGAGCAUGCUUAA